GAGGCUAACACCUUCUCUUACGGAGCUUAUUAUGAAAAGUGCACAAAUCUCUCACCCUGCUCCACCUGGGAACAUUUCCAAUUAGACAGACAGACACGCAGCUUGUGUGGGCACCAUCUCUUUGCCAUACACUUGGACAGUACCCUCACCUCACCUGCCUGGCCUUUGACCACCAACGGCCCAUCCUAUUCCAACACUGAACAGUAGUGUUUAUGUGCUGCCAGGCCCCAGACCAUGGUCCGCCACACCGGCUGCAGCAUGAGUGUCCUCCCCAGUGUCAGUGCUGAGAGCCAGCUGUCCGCCCCCUGGGCCAGCCACUACCCAACCACAGAUGUUUCCAUGGUAACGCCCAGCUACGCCGGCCGCCUGUGGGCCCAGGAGACGCAGCCCCAGUACUGGACCAAGUUCCAGGUGUGGGAGUGGCUGCAGCAGACCCUGGAUGUGCACCAGAUCGACGCCGCCAGCAUCCCCUUCCAGAACUUCGACAUGGACGGGCGCCAGCUCUGCAACAUGAGCUUCCAGGACUUCACUCGCGCAGCAGGGCCCAUGGGCUCCAUCCUCUACCAGAGCCUGGCUGACAUGAAGUGGAGCAGUCAGUAUGCUCCAGAAAUCUUCCCAACCAUGGACAUCAAAACUGAGAUAGACGAGUUUCCUUGUUCUCUUCUUCCUUUUAAAGAAGAACCAGCCUUCUUUCCUGCUUCAGACUUUUUUGAUAUCAAGCCUUCAUUCUUGUCCUCAGUACCGUUGAGCUCACCCUCUCCCUCAAGCCCAGACCCAAAGAGAUCAAAUACCCGACCUCAUCCUGUCAAAAAACACAAUCCCAGGGGGACACACCUGUGGGAGUUCAUCCGUGACAUCCUGCUCAACCCAGAGCGCAACCCAGGGCUCAUCAAGUGGGAGGACCGCUCGGAAGGUGUGUUCCGUUUCCUGAAGUCGGAGGCCGUGGCCCAGCUGUGGGGCAAGAAGAAGAACAACAGCAGCAUGACCUACGAGAAGCUCAGCCGGGCCAUGAGGUAUUACUACAAGAGAGAGAUUUUGGAGCGCGUGGAUGGCCGCAGGCUGGUGUACAAAUUUGGCAGGAAUGCGCAGGGGUGGAGGGAGUCAGAGAAGUGAAGAAUUGUGUGAAGGUCACCUUGACAAGUUUUUGAACCACCAAGUAAAUACAUUCACCUUAUUUAUGCCAUUGGGAUAUGUUUGUUAUGAAGAUGUGUACUCUGUUUGUAAAUUGUAUUGUAUGAACUUUUUUAUCUGUUCUUUGCUGUCGUUUUUAUUUUUAUUUGUCUUUGAAGGAAAUUGCUGUAUAUGUAUGCAACCACUUCAUAUUUUGUACCUUUUGAAAUAACAAAAAACACUAUAGGAUCAUUUCAGGAAUGUUAGGUAAAUGCCUCUUGACAGGACUUUUUCAGGACUUUGUCAUCAGUGAGUAUACUUUCGCCUGGUUUCAUCUACUUAAACUGUGAAAAUAUUCAUAUCAACAAGCAAUGUCACGAUGGCAUAUAACAAACAUGGUCACACUUCAUGCGUCAUUAACAACUGUGCUCAGUGAACUGAACUGCUUGACACUUUUGUUUUACUUCAACUGAAUUAAUUUGAAUUUGAAAGAGGUAGCGCACACUUGUGUUUUUGGAGCUUCUCGACUGUACUGUGAUGAAACACAUCAUUGCUGGUGUUAAUAUUUUUUCGCCUUUUUAUGGGUGGCUCAAUACGCCCUUUAUUGUUUAAAAUCAUCCUGAACCUGGCAAGGCCAAUGCUGACAUACAAGUCAACAGUUUGGGACUUCUCUACAUCAUGAAAUGGGCGGCCCACCUCCCCCAGCCCCCCGCCCAUGAGUGUGAGUCUCAUUAUUAUUUGCUGAUUGAGUCUCAUGAUUCACAGGAGUUUACGACCCCCCCCUCCUCAGCCCCUUGCCCACCUUUUAGCAUUUUUCAAAAUGAUGCAGUGGGUGGAGUUCGGCUCAGAGCUGGGGGGUGAACUUACACUUUAAAUGACAUUGCAUGAGUUCACCUAACUGAGCUUGACACAGAGCUGGACCUACCUGUGUGUGGAGCUGACAGAGCACUAAACAGUUGCAAAUGUGAGCGCAGCUCAUUGUGUGGUUUUGUGGUUACAUUGAAAGUAUACUUAAUACUAAAACCUUUUUUUUUAUCUGUAAGUAAAAUGAUGACAUGUUGCAAAUGCCUUAAAUAAAAUGCAUAUCUGUUAUAACAAA